GUGUACAUAAGUGUGUGCCCUAAUGAUAUUUUGCAUCUUUAUAGGCUUUUGCUUCUCAGGAGGAAGUAUACUGCUUGGCUCCACCUCCAGCACAACACAUGUGCAAGUGCACUCAACCUUUACAAUCUAACUCAGCUUCACACAGCACAGCACACAUUUACCUGAUUCCCAAAACACUGGGAGCUUUUUAAAGAUCAUUCUUGUUGGUUUCUGGUUGAUCGGGUCAAUCGAGAUCUGAGGAACUACUCCUCUGUGUUCCCACCAUCCCUUGCUCUUCACAAGUCUACCCAACAAAGAAGGGCACAGAGGCAAAUCAGAAGCUGACAUUUUCUAAACCUUUAAACACGCACACACACACACACACACACACACACACACACACACACACACACACACAUACACAGAGAAAGUCCAGCAGAAAAAAGUUACACUUAGAGGGGUUGCUGAGCCAAACCAGCUCUUUGAGAAGUACACACGUGCACAGAUGCUCCCACACACAUACUCUUGUGGGUGCUACUGUAUUAAAUAACUUCAGAUGCUGUUAGAAUCUUCCUGUGUUGCAUAAAUCCAGGAAUGGGCUCUACUACCAUUGCCAAGAUUAUCUGCUGUGAUCAGGCCUGCUGAGGGAAUUUGUUUUAACACAACAGUGUUGAAGUUUUGACUCUUGUACGAAGAAGCCAACCGUGUUCGAUCAUGUCUCCAUUUCUGAGAAUCGGCUUCUCCAGCUUUGAGAUGGACCCAGGACUCGCUUACCAUGAAGAAGUGAUCAACCCUUAUUGUGCGGUGUACAUGAAAGAGGCUGUGGAGACAGAAAAAGGUCAGGUGUAUAAACAGAAGCGGCCCACCAUGUACCCACCAUGGAGCAGCACAUUCGAUGCCCAUGUUCACAAAGGCCGAGUGAUGCACGUUGUGGUAAAAGACAAAACAGCAGAGUUGAAGACAGAGGCCACAGUACAGCUGGACACACUUGCGUCACGAUGCAAAAAAGAGAAUGGGAAGCUUGAGAUCUGGGUGGAACUAAAGCCACAAGGACGUCUGUUAAUGGAGGCACGAUAUUUCUUGGAAAAAAAGGAUGCAGGUCAUGGUGAGGGAGAUGGUGAUGGUGAUGGAGAGCCUGAACGAGAGAGAGAUGGUGCGUUUGCGCUGCAUCAACGUCGUGGUGCAAUCAAACAGGCCAAAGUCCACCUGGUGAAGUGUCAUGAGUUCACAGCCACUUUUUUCCCCCAACCCACCUUCUGUUCAGUCUGCAAGGAGUUUGUCUGGGGUCUGAACAAACAGGGAUAUCAGUGCCGACAAUGCAACGCUGCCAUUCACAAGAAGUGCAUUGACAAAGUGAUUGCCAAAUGUACAGGCUCAGCCAUUAACAGUAAAGAAACUAUGAUCCAUAAGGAGCGCUUUAAGAUCGACAUGCCUCAUCGGUUUAAGGUGUAUAACUACAAAAGCCCAACCUUUUGUGAACAUUGUGGCACACUGCUUUGGGGGUUGGCACGGCAGGGCCUUAAAUGUGAAGAAUGUGGCAUGAAUGUUCAUCAUAAAUGCCAAAAGAAAGUAGCCAACCUCUGUGGUGUGAACCAGAAGCUCAUGGCCGAGGCGCUGGCUAUGAUUGAGAGCACGCAGCAGGCCCGGAGCUCCAGAGAUAGUGAUAUAAUCGGACGUGAGGGGCCAGUAAAUAUAGGACAGUCUGGAAUGAUCAUAGAGACCUCGAGCUGUGCGCCAUCCCUUCCAAUCAAUUCUUUAACACCUAAUGCAGCACCAAUACCACCACCACGCAAAGAGAUGCCGGGUGUUGCCUGGGAUUUACCGCUAGAGGGCGACAGUCACGGCCUCAGAGAAGAGUCAGAGCCACUGUAUGCUGUUCCACACAAAGAGCAUCACAAAUUCUCCCUGGACGAUUUUGCCCUGCACAAGAUGCUGGGAAAGGGCAGCUUUGGCAAGGUGUUUCUUGCUGAGCUGAAAACCACAGGGCAGUUCUUUGCUGUGAAGGCUUUAAAGAAAGACGUGGUUCUAAUGGACGAUGAUGUGGAGUGUACUAUGGUCGAAAGAAGAGUUCUGUCUCUCGCAUGGGAGCAUCCAUUUCUCACACAUCUCUACUGCACUUUUCAGACCAAGGAGAAUCUGUUCUUCGUGAUGGAGUAUCUGAAUGGUGGUGAUCUAAUGUUCCACAUCCAGGCAUGCCACAGAUUUGAUCUCCCGCGUUCCACGUUUUACGCUGCUGAGAUCAUCUGUGGUCUGCAGUUUCUACAUUUAAAAGGCAUUGUGUACAGGGAUCUGAAGCUGGAUAAUAUUCUUCUAGAUAUUGAUGGUCACAUUAAGAUUGCAGACUUUGGGAUGUGUAAAGAGAACAUGCUGGGAGAAGCUCGAACAGCUACCUUCUGUGGAACUCCUGAUUACAUUGCCCCUGAGAUUUUGCUUGGCCAGAAAUAUAGCAACUCAGUGGACUGGUGGUCAUUUGGAGUCCUCUUGUAUGAAAUGCUGAUCGGUCAGUCACCAUUCCAUGGGCACGACGAAGAGGAACUGUUCCAGUCCAUCCGCACAGAUGACCCAUGUUACCCACGCUGGCUGACCAGAGAUGCACGAGACAUUCUCAUUAAGCUUUUUGUGCGAGAGCCAGAGCGGAGAUUGGGUGUGAAGGGAAAUAUUCGGCAACAUCUGUUCUUCAGAGACACCGACUGGAACGCACUGGAAAAGCGACAAGUGGAGCCUCCGUUCAAACCCACUGUGAAAUCACCGAGCGACUGCAGUAAUUUUGAUAAGGAGUUCAUUAACGAGAAGCCUCGGCUGUCCUGUGCUGAUCGGACCCUCAUCAACAGCGUGGACCAGACUAUGUUCAAGAACUUCUCCUUUAUUAACCCAGGAAUGGCUCGCCUUAAGAACAUCUAAAACAUGCGCAAACAAUACAGCAUCUCUACAUACAGGAAAGACAAUCUUGUGUGAUUAAGGAUAUUAUUUAAAGAUUAUCCAAUAGUGGUCUAAUCUCUACUGUACAAGAAGUCAGCUGAUGUAGGUUGCACAAACCAUUCCUCAUGCUUGUAUUAAUAAAAAAGGUUGCAUUUGCAUGCAUGCACAUGUGGAUUUUCGGAUUUUGUGUCAUCUGUAAGGAGUGUGCACUGCUGUUAAAAUCCAGCUGAGUCUGUCUCUCUGUGUGUGAGGUUUGUUUGUAAUAGAAGAGCCAAUGUGAUUAAUUGCCUUGUUAUAUGACAAUUAUUUGUUGUAAAUGUUGUUUUAAUUAAAGUUAACAAAGCUUAUUAAUUACAUUAUGUGACACAACAAGGUGUUCAUUCUUAACAGUCUGCAAAAAAUAUAGUCUACACAUGAAAAUUGAUGAAUGUAAAUGAAUAUACAAACACAUAGAUUUGCUUAUAGGAAUAUUAUACCACGUGUACUGUAUUAUUUUCACUGCCUAAAAUGUUUGCCAGUGUAAGUUCUGUAAAUGGCAAUUAAUAGUAUUUCACUGUUAGAAAUGUCUGUCUUUUGUAAACCUCUCUAGAAAUAAGAAGAAGACUAGGCUCUCUAUUCAAGAAGAUUACAUUUUAUUUAUAUAAUGAUUGUAACAAUAGACAUAGUCACAAGGCAGCUUUACAGAAAUCUGAAUUUAGAUUUAGUUCCCUAACGAGCACAGCAGAGAUUACAUAAGGAAAUAUUGAGAGGAACCAAAUUCAAAUGGGAAACGUCAUCAGCAAAUAUUGUGAUUAUGAGUCAUAAAAGUUCUAUACUAUAAAGUCAAACAGCACUUAGUAUGUUGAAAGAUUGUUUUCAUUAUGAGCAUUAGAGGUCCAUUAUGAUCACAACUGAUAUUUUUCGUUACAAGUCUACAAUAUCCAAAUGAUGGUGUCAAUAAAAGAACAAGUGUAUAAA